AGCCCCGAGGACGCGGGGCGCUCCGAGCCCUCCGCUCCGGCGGCGAGCGCCGAGGCGGUCCUGCAGCGGGCGGGGGUUCAGGUACAACGCGGUGGACGCGGGGGGGCCCUGGCCUGGGCAGAACACGCUGUCGGAGCUCCUCCUCCAGGAGCUGCCCGACGAUCUGCUGCCGGUGCACGGCGAUUGCGACAUCUUCGUGCACACGGGCUGGGUCAUCUCGCUACCGAUGCUGGCAAAGGUGGAGGCGGCGCUCAAGCAGCGCGGCCUGAACAAUUCUCGGGUCUGGCUCCUGAUCAACCAGGAGUAUCCUUCAAACGAUCUUGUGAGGAGAAAGUUGAAACAUAUCUACGUGGACAAGGCCGUGAUACUGGGCAACUGGUGGAAUGGUACUAUUCAGGAGCUCUUUGAGGAGGACCUGGCCUCGCUCUGGGUGCCCUUCGCCAGCACGGUCUUCGCCGACAGAAAGCUUUCGACGCCGCUCGACCUUCUAGAUAGAAGGAGGACUGGCGAUCAGCUGCAGAAGUAUGCCAUCAAUUGGCCUGGACGUCAAGGAACUGAGCGCAGCACGAUUGCUUAUCAGCAGAAGUCCUGCUUUACGAACAAGCAGGUCGAUGCCGAGGCCAGCAAGAAAGGAUGGCUGAAUUUUCGGCAGAAAUUCUGGGACCGCGUCAACGAGUUGAUGGCUCAGCGGGGGACUCACGGCUACGCCAUCGGCGAGUGCAAUGGGGAAAAGAAGUUGGGGCAUCGGGCGAGGCCAAUCUACCAGGCGUACGACCAGGCGAACGUGGACUCCCUGAGGCAUGAGAUGCCAGACUUUAUUGCGAAAGUGUUGACGAACGUUUCAGUGUACGAGUCACAGCACAAGAUGACUUGGCAGACGUUUCCAGCGUUUACAAAGUAUGACGAGUCCGUUUUGAAAUAUUCGCACUUCAGGUUCGUUGUGUCUCUAGAGAACACACUGAGCAGGGUAGGUUACAUAACGGAGAAGGUGAUGGACUCGUUAUUGGGUGGCGCAAUCCCAGUCUACGCUGGGUGCAAGCAUGCGGCAGAUGUCAUCGACCCGGCAAGUUAUUUGCUACUCAAGCCAGGAGAGAACGACCAGCAGGUCGCUGGGCAGAUUGUGAAGGCACUGCUGGAUCCACUCGAGUACAAUAAGUUGAUGGUGGAGAAGGCCCUCAGCGAGGAUCAGCUCAAGCGCUUCUUUUCCUGGCACCCGGCCGUGUGGCCCAAGUUUGGCGAUUCCUUAAGACGCCGGAUCGUGGCUGAGCUGCAGAGACUGUGCGCACGAGGCAGGUAACAUCGACAGCAAGGGCUGGUGGAUUACACCCGCCAUAGGUUGCAGAGUGCCCUGCGGCUGGAGCGUUCUGCCUCGCACGGCGCAUCCACGUCCUCGCCGACGGCCUCCUCCGUGAAGGGCGCCAGUUGCAGCACUGGCGGCCUCUGGUGGCGGCGGCUCCCAUGGCUGUGCCGUCAGCGAUCUCAGCGGCUUGAAGGCCCAGACGUGCUCAACAGGACCGCGGGUGCGCGCUCGGGUGCUCGGCUCUGUGCCGGUGGGCCGGGGGGGAGGCCUGGCACAGCCGCGCCAGACGUUGCGAGCUCUGGCGGUUGCCCGCCCGUUCCGCGGGCCCUCCCGGACUGCGCGGCCCCAUAGCCGCUUCAGGCUCCAUGGAUGCGGCUACGACGGGACCUGAGCGCGCAGUGCUGCCUCCCCUGGCACGCUCACGCGCAGCAGGCAACGCUGGUGCUCGUGUAUUCGUUCUCUCCCUGGUCGGCCCGAGAGGAGACCUUGCAGUGCGGCAGGCCGGACGCACCAGAAGAGAUUGCGGCACCUGCCACCACGCACCCCUCCCCAGGCGGGCACGCGCAGUUCAAGGCAGCGGCGUUGGCCGUCUCCUGCUCGGCUGCAGGCCGUGGGGCCGUGGAGUGAUGCUCCUUGGCCUCCGCGUGGCGUUCCUGGCCGACGCACGCUGGCCGCCGUCGAGCGGCGGGCACCCCGACCGCCCGAGCUGCCAGCACUUCCCUGUCAGGCGCUCAUCGUCGGACCACUCUGGCCAUCGUUCGUCCUCGGACCACUUGGCAAUGGUUCCUCUUGGGAUUGCUCUGGCAAUCACUCACCGACUGUCAUUCCUCAUUGCCUUCGGCCCGCUGGUGAUGGGACAAACAUGACGGAGAAGCCCAGUGCUGUGAGGGAGCAGCUUGGCUCAGACCUCUCCGGCCUUCCACGGUCAGCGAGUCUCUUCGUGGGCGA